ACGCAAAAUAAUCGUGAAAAAGUGCUCGAUAAAGUUCAAAAAGAUGCCGAGCGCUUCGUUCACAGCUUCCAGAUCCUAUGUGCGUCGUUCUCGGAGGAAAACGGGCGCGAACCGGAUCCCUACGCCUUCGAGAACCACAAAUGAACCAUGUGAAUCAACUUGCCCCGUCCAACCAAACCAAAAUGCACCAGCUCCAUCUGCCGCAGGGGGCUCUUCUCCUCCCACUCAAGGCACUCCGCCCCCUCCGCAAGGUGGUGGAGGAUCUGGAGGGCCACCUUUAGGUGGACCACUAACUGCUCAUCAGUCUCCCUAUGACCUACGGAGGAAAUCUCCACAGCACCAUGGAGGUGCAGAUGGGGCCGCUGGUGUUCCAGGGCCCAGUACUAGUGCUGCUACUGCUGGCGGGGCUCCUGCCAGUCCUCCAUGUUCUAGUGGGGGAGCCACAGGAGGAGGAUAUACUUCAGUCAUGCUGCCAGCUAGAAAGAGACCUAGAAGAACUUGUUCUGCAUCUUAUGAGACUUGUACAAAUACCGCCGCGCAUUACUUGCAAUAUGAGCUGCCCGACGAGGUUUUGCUCACUAUCUUCAACUACCUCCUCGAGCAGGACUUGUGUCGCGUCAGCCAGGUGUGCAAACGAUUUAAUGUAAUUGCUAAUGACACAGAAUUAUGGAAGCGACUGUAUCAAAACGUCUUCGAAUAUGACAUGCCGCUCUUCAAUCCUGCUCCAUGCAGGUUUGAAUUCAUUAGCGCCGAGGAGUCAGAUUUUGCAAAUCCAUGGAAGGAAUCAUUCAGGCAACUUUACAGGGGCAUCCACGUUAAGUCUGAUUAUAAAGAGCACACCACCAAGGGGAGAAAUUUAAUGUUUUUCACCAGUGUACAGGGCGCUUUGGACUAUGCAGAUGAACGGAGUGGUACCGGUAGCUCAGGAGGUCUACAACUCACGGGGCAGUGCAGUGACAGCCACUCGCCAGGAGGCGUUAACAAAAAUCAAAUGGGCUCGCUAAUCUUCUUGCAUCCUGGAAAUUAUCGCGGCGAGUUUUUAGUUAUUGAUUCUGAUAUAGCUUUAAUUGGUGCCGCUUCCGGUAACGUGGCGGAAUCGGUGAUCCUAGAACGAGAGUCCGAAUCUACCGUAAUGUUCGUGGAGGGCGCUAAAAACGCUUACGCCGGUCAUUUGACGUUAAAAUUCUCGCCGGAUGUGACGUCGACGGUACCUCAUCACAAACAUUACUGUCUCGAGGUGGGUGAGAAUUGCAGCCCCACUAUUGACCACUGUAUUAUUAGGAGUACUUCAGUUGUGGGAGCGGCGGUGUGCGUCAGUGGUGUAGGCGCGAAUCCUACAAUUCGCCACUGUGAUAUUAGCGAUUGCGAAAAUGUCGGCUUGUACGUGACCGAUUACGCCCACGGUACUUAUGAGGACAACGAGAUUAGUCGGAAUGCUCUCGCCGGCAUUUGGGUAAAAAAUUACGCAAAUCCUGUAAUGAGGCGGAAUCACAUACACCAUGGAAGAGAUGUCGGUAUAUUCACUUUUGAUAAUGGUUUGGGAUAUUUCGAAGAAAAUGACAUUCAUAAUAACCGUAUAGCCGGAUUUGAGGUUAAAGCCGGCGCGAAUCCCACAGUUGUGCGCUGUGAAAUCCACCACGGUCAGACUGGCGGGAUUUAUGUACAUGAAAAUGGUUUAGGUCAGUUUAUAGAGAACAAGAUCCAUUCGAAUAAUUUUGCUGGGGUGUGGAUUACGUCGAACAGUAAUCCUACAAUUAGGAAAAACGAGAUUUACAACGGACAUCAGGGUGGAGUUUACAUAUUCGGCGAAGGUAGAGGUCUGAUAGAGCACAAUAACAUUUACGGUAACGCUCUGGCUGGCAUACAGAUCCGGACUAAUAGUGAUCCUAUAGUGAGGCACAAUAAAAUUCAUCAUGGACAGCACGGCGGUAUUUACGUUCAUGAGAAGGGACAAGGCCUGAUUGAGGAAAACGAGGUGUAUGCCAAUACGCUGGCAGGGGUGUGGAUAACAACGGGCAGCACUCCAGUUCUAAGACGAAAUAGGAUUCACUCAGGAAAACAAGUUGGCGUGUAUUUUUAUGAUAAUGGACAUGGAAAGCUAGAAGAUAAUGAUAUUUUUAAUCAUUUGUAUUCUGGAGUACAAAUUAGGACGGGCAGUAAUCCGGUUAUCAGAGGCAAUAAAAUCUGGGGUGGACAAAACGGAGGCGUUUUGGUUUACAACGGAGGUUUAGGAUUGUUAGAACAAAACGAAAUCUUCGACAAUGCUAUGGCCGGAGUCUGGAUCAAAACCGAUUCGAAUCCGGUUUUGAAAAGGAAUAAAAUUUUUGACGGACGAGACGGUGGAAUUUGUAUAUUUAAUGGAGGAAAAGGUGUUUUAGAAGAGAACGACAUAUUCAGAAAUGCACAGGCGGGCGUGUUAAUAUCGACGCAAUCGCAUCCUAUUUUGAAGCGCAACCGCAUUUUCGACGGUUUGGCCGCCGGGGUGGAAAUUACGAAUAACGCGACCGCGACUUUGGAGUUUAAUCAGAUAUUUAAUAACAGAUUUGGAGGGCUGUGUCUGGCCAGUGGAGUGCAGCCAAUCGUUAGGGGCAAUAAGAUUUUUAAUAACCAAGAUGCGGUGGAAAAGGCAGUGUCGAACGGCCAAUGCUUGUAUAAGAUCUCGUCGUACACGUCGUUCCCGAUGCACGACUUUUAUCGAUGUCAAACGUGCAACACGACUGAUCGUAACGCCAUCUGCGUUAACUGUAUUAAAACUUGUCAUGCCGGACAUGAUGUUGAAUUUAUUAGACAUGACAGAUUUUUCUGUGAUUGCGGGGCAGGUACUCUGACGAACCAAUGCCAACUACAAGGUGAACCGACCCAAGACACGGACACGCUGUACGAUUCGGCGGCUCCCAUGGAGUCCCACACGCUAAUGGUGAACUAGGGGGCCCUCCACCCCAUCGGUUAAGUGAUAUUUAUUGUGACACUAGUGCUUUAGUGAUUUCCUAUUUAAUUCAAAUUCUGACAGUUUUAGACAAACUCUGUAAAUUUGUCUUAUGUAAGUGACACUGCAGCAAAGGACUGCCUAUAAAAUAAUGUGGAUAGAAUCUCCGGUGGUUUGUGAAUUUUUUUUGUACCAUGUUAUAAAAAUAUACAAGAGGUGGCUCAACAAGUUUAAUACUGCUGUUUCGGAAUUGGUUUGUAUGUGUGGCUCUUAAGUAAAAUGGAGGAUGUUGUGAUAUGAUUAAUGUAGAUUUUAAAUGAAUGCCUAAAAAGUUAUAUGAGCCUUUAGGACCUUGGGUUCCUUUGUGAAAUAGAAAAAAAAAUUAAUGGUCUAUCAAUCUUAUAUAGGGUGCUUACAAAAAUCCUUAUGUAAAGUUUAGGUGUUUCUUUGUUCAAAAUUAAUUUUUUAAACAUGUUAUAUACUAACAUUUUACAGACUCGGAUUAUAAGCAGCAGUUGAUUUAAACUAAAUAUUAUUUUUUUUACUCUAGUUUUUUAAGCACUACCUUGUACAAAACUAAUUAAUUAAUUGUUAGACUUGUUUAAGUUUAUUAUAUCCUCUCUUUGCUUAUACAUAGUUGUUAUUAUCUAAUUUUUUCUUAUUUAUUAUAUUAAUCAUAUUUCAGUUGAAGUAGCUUUAAUUUUGGAGUUUUUCGUGUGUGAUAUACGUACGUGGUGGGUUUAGAACCGAAAUUAUCAAUGAAUAAAUUGCCUGUAAAUACACUUAUACUAAAAAAAAAAUGAAACUAGCCAGUAUUUAAACCAGAGUUUUUUCUCCAACAUAAUUGUGAGUUAAUUUUUUUGUUGUGUGAUUGUGACUAGUGAAUGCCGUAGGUUAAUAGUGCCAAUAUACAGAGUAUCCCAGAACUAAUAGAAUAACUGGAAGCAAGAUUACCUACAUGGAGGGUUCUAAUUUCAUUCACUACUGUAACACUUAUUAAUGUAUUCAAUUUUUAAUGUAUUAAGGUUAAACAUCUCACAUAAAAGACCUAUUUCCUACAUGAAACUAGUGUAUUCAACUUAAACUCUUCAUCUUAGUCAUUCUGCUUCUAAAUUGCUAGUGGAACCUGGCAAUUUGUCAAAAGGGGUUUUUCUCUAUUCUUAUAAACUAAUUUGCAUUGUUGGGUAAAUAAAGAUAUUUCGGUCAUCCUCCACUAAAUUUAUUUAAAACAUGUUAAUCCGACAUGUUUCGGACAUAUAACUUGUCCAUCAUCAGAUAACAGAUCAGGGAUAACAAAUUAACCCUUACGCUCAUGAAUUUUCAUUUUUUAAAAUUAACAUUUGAUUUUUUGUAAAUCAACUCUUUAAUUUUUUCGAAAAUUUUUGAUGUAAACAGUUUUUUUAUUUUUUUGUUUGUUUUUAUUUUUAUGUACACAUUUGUGUACAUUGGUGGUCAAUGGUAUAGAAGAUAAAUUAAAACAAAAAAAUACUUUGUAUGAUAUAUUGCAAAACAGUUGCUUUUUUUUGUAAGGCACAGGUGAACGUUAGAUUUUUGGCAUAAAAUUCUUUACCGUCCUUUACAGCCUGGUACUUUACACCUAGAAGCAAAGUCUUUUUCAUCAAUGGAUGGCAAAUGGUCUAGUCUGUCCAAACGAACUUCGGCCACCGGUCUAAUUUCUAGCCUUACUUUUAACGUUGAAGGGCCCGGAUUGCUGCUGGUCAGCUGCUGGUCGCCCCCCUCUUCCUAGUAGAUGUUUUUCCUGCCAAGAUUAAAACCUUAGCAACAUAUGCCCUAAAGUGAAGCAAAUCUAGGACAUCAUUCUUAGCCACACCCAAGUUAGUAGCUUUUUCUUUAUAUUCCAACCAGCCGUUUACGCAUGCCAUAUCUAUGGCAUGAGCAAACAUUCUCAGAGUCCACUUUUUAGACCUUAUAAAUGUCCGAUACAAGGUAAUAAGGAAAUCCAUCUUGUCAACACCUCCCAUGUUAGAGUUGUAGUUUGUAUUUAUUACUUGUGGUCUUGAAACGUAAAUAUAGUCCUUCCCUUUUUUAUCUCAUCGCCGGCACUGGUCUUUAUCACCAACUCCCAUAUAAUUUGAUGUCAUUACAACUGACCGGUUGUCGUACCAUUUUGUCAUUAUGACUUCCCCAUCCCCGCUAAUAAUUUCUUCGGAACAACCUCGACCUUUUAUUAUCAUAUCCUUAUCGGACGAAAAUGGCGGAUUUUUAAAUCUUUCAGCUCUUGCUGUCCACGUUGUAUAUAUUUGCCUAUUUCUAAGGUACUGAAGUAAGUUAUAAUUUGAAAAAUAGUUGUCAAAAUAUAACUGUACCCUAGGGUGUGAGAUUCGUUCAGAUAAUUUUAGUACCACUGCAGCACCCGAACCAAAUACAUCAAGUUCCUGUGGGUCAAUUUCAGUAGUAGAUCCUUGAUAUAUUAUAAAAUCAUACAAGAUGCCACUGCUGCCACAUAGCGCAAAAAUCUUAAUUCCCCAUGGUUUGGGUUUGUUUUUGACGUAUUGCUUGUCGUUCAACUGCCUUUGAACGGCACCAUUUGCUCGUCCACACACAAUUUUGAUUCCAAUGGAAGGGAAAGGCAUCUUCUCCUAAUUGCAUCAUAUAAUGGACGCACCUUCCAAAAUCUGUUCUCCGGUUUUUCGUGAAUAUUCACGAAGUGAAUAUGUUGUCGCAAUUUAUAAAACCUGUUAACAGUCAUAUUAUUGGAAAUGAGUGGAACUUGUCAUUUAUGGCCCCAGUAUAACUUAAUUCUUGGGUAAUGUAGAUUACCCAUGAUGAUAUGUAUUCCUACAAAAGUUUUUAGUUCUUCAACCGUCGUAGGAACAAAGCGGGUUUGUUGCUGAAUAGCGUAAAGAUUUGUAUAUUCCAUCAUGGGUUGGAAAAUAUCUGCAAAAUAAUUACAGAAAAAAAACGCUGGGUUUUCUAGCUGAACUACUGGUUCUUCUCUAAUGUGCCACUCUAUCGGUGGAGUGAUAUACUGCACAUUUUUUCGCCAGAAUAUAUCCUUUUUCUUUGAAAGACCAUUCUUUUCCUAAUAGUCUUCUAUAUUGGAUUUCUUCGACUUUUGUAGAGUUUUUGCCAUUAUGUUGGGAACAGGUUUAGGUUCUGCUUGUUCUAGCUGCUCAGUCUCUUCACGUUGUUGAGUUACAGGUGUGCUGGGAACAGGUUCAGCCUCUUCUUCCUCAUCACUCAGCUAAUUCUACAAGAUAAAAAGUAUAUAUGCUACGCACAUUAUAUAAUAUACUAGUUCCAAGUAAUAUACCUUUAGGAUCAAAAUCAAAGCCAUCAUCUUCAUUGAAUUUGCCGUCACUGAGUCCUUCAAUGUCUGAUAAUCCGGCUUCUAUUAAAUCUAAUAGUUCUUUAUCUGUUAGCGGGCGAUUUCGGCUCAUUAUAAACGAGGAUUCUAUAAUAUUUAACUAUUUACUAAUAUAAAAAAGAAAAAAAAUACGAUUAAAUUUACCUUGUAAUUUUACUUCUCUGAUUCACAGUAUACACAAAUGUGUACGUGUCUUCAAAGGAAAAAAAAAGUACUUCCGCGAAAAAAACUGAUCACUGUUAGCACUCACAAUACCACCUUUUAUUAAUUUGUUUUUAUUUUUUUUUACUAUUUUCACCACAAAAAAAACACCACAAUAAUCUACCAGAUAACCUUGCACGCGUUACUCAAAUAUUGCUCGCCAGCUGUUAAAAUUACAGUAACAAACUUUUAUUGAAAGCCCCUAGAGGGCGGCAUCUAUACUACAUGUAAGAUCCUAAUGUACACAAAUGUUGACUCUAUGAGCAAAACAAUAAAUUCCUUUCUGAAUUUAUAUAAGGAUGAUGAUAAAUUCAUGUACACAAAUGUGUACACAGUGAGCGAAAGGGUUAAGGGGUUCUGUCAAUACAUCUUAUAGAUCUAGUGCCUCAGACAAGGUUAAAAGAUUAAAACGACUAAAAAUGAAUAAAAAUAGCAUAUCGUCACCUGUAUGCCAAACCCAUGAAUGUAAUUUUAUUAAAUAUUUUACAGGAACCAUUUAAAGAGCAAUAGGACAUUCAUAUUUUUAUUUAUAUUGGUUUUCAUUGGAAAAUUUUGUUAAAAGCUUAGUAUAUCAAUAUAUAAUUUUAACUUCUAAUGCUUAAAAUAUAAAUUUAUGAAAAAUAUUUUCUAAAAAAAAACUAAUUCGUGAUAUGAAAAAAUAAUUUAUUUUUUGCUUAUACAAUAAUAUAAUAAAAAAACUAUGCUCUUUUUACUCAUCGUCAGACUCCUCACCAAAGUUGGGUUCCGAAUGUUGGAAAUUAUCUGGAAGUUUUAGUUGUAGAAGGAUAUAGAGAGCAUGCCUAUUACAGUCAGUCAUUACCCUUACUCUCUUUUUUGCACUUCCAUUGGAUGAAACAAGUAAAUCAUAAUCAUUCUAUAGAAAAGGCGUAUACCUUCUUUGCAUAUCAGCUACAUUUAAACCUAAAUGCACUUGUUUCAAAAAUCUGGCCCGUAUGCAUAAGUUGCGUUAAAGAUGAGAUCCCACAACUCUUCAUCGAAUCAAAUUUUCCAUCGAGAAACGCUGAAACGUUAAAAAAAGAUAAUUUGAAUUUUACUACUGCGAAAUACGAGGGCUAUUCAAUAAAGACUCAGACUCGGGCUAUGAAAAUUUUAUUACAAAGAAUUAUACAUCAACGCUUCUCUCACGUUCAAAGUAGUCACCAUUCAAGGCGAUACAUUUAAUCCAGCGCCGCUGCCACUCCAAAAACUGGUCCUUGAAGCUCUUCUUAGUCAUGCGCUUAAAAAUCGCCUCUAAAGCUUUAACAGCAGCAUCUCCGGAGGGAAAACGCCUUCCUUUCAGGUCCUUUUUUGCAGUGGGAUAAAGAAAAAAGUCGUUCGGUGCUAAAUCGGUAGCGUUUAGACAGCCAGCUGUGUUUAUCGUUUCUUCACGAAGCGCAGUAACAGGCGCUCCUGGACCGCCUUCCAGUUCACAGCUCUCUCUACCUUUUCGGAAGGCAGCGUGCCACUGUAAACACGUGAAUUUUUUCAUGCAAGCUUCACUGUACACAUUCUUUAACUCACGUUAUGUUUCGAGUGGUUUUUUGUUCGAUUUCACCAAAAAUUUAAUCGCGUAACGUUGUUCUCGAUAUCCAGACAUUGUAAAUAUUAGAGGCGACUUUCAUAUACCUCUUCUUCGCAAUGUCACUACUUGAGCACUAAUGAUCAGAUCGCUACCAAAUUUGUACUGUAAAUAGGUAUUAGUAUAUUGUUUCAUGCCAUGGCCACGAGAUCGCGCCACCUGUAUUACACAGCUGCUCGUGGCGAGAGUCCGAGUCUCUAUUGAACAGCCCUCGUAGUUUUUCCCAUUAGAUAUCCUGAGUGGUUCCUCACUAAGCAAUAAACGGUCAAAGCAUUUGAAAAUCCCAAACGACUUCGAUUAGUUAUAAGCUCUAUUUAAACUGUAUCAAUCAUUAAGUGAGCUGGGAACCAAAUAACGCAGUCCACACUUUUGUCUUAAAAGGCAAUUAUUCUACGAAUCAGACAUUAGUCUGUUUCAUGCGAUAAGUAUCUAUUCGUAUUAUAAGACAGAGCAGUUUUUUUUCAACUUUCCGAUAGUUGCACAUUGUUGCCACAAUCAAAGGCCUUUAAUAAUUUGGCAAAUCAAUCGACAAACCUCAGUCUUUUUAAGCUUCUAUAAAAGGGAUGAUAAAUAGCAGAAAGGGUGCCGUCUUUGCACAUUUUUUCCGCAUGUUUUAAUUUUGUAAUUGGCAAAUUACCUUGGUAAUAUAGAAAAUUUUCUGAGGCUCUUUUUUCUCAUAAUGAAGCCAGUGGGCACUUCGCCAAGAAAGUUUUAACUUUGUUUUCAAAAGGGAAUAUGACUUAAAAUAACUUUAUUACAUUAAAGGGCCUUGGAAGAGAGCCUUGACUGUUAUAAGCUGUGCAGGCACAUAAACAGGUACAAAUUUUGAUUUUUUUUCAAUUUUAGCAUGGAUUGAAUCACAUUCCAUCUCCCAGUGUCCUGUCUCAAAAAAUGUAUGAUCUAGCGUUUGAAGUUUUAAUACAGUAUACUAACACAUUGCAGCAAAAAUUAAUUUUUUCUUGUUGAACUCCACAUCCAUCGGACAUCACUGGUAAUUGUAGGAUGACUCACAAUACAGCUAAAUAUACAGGUGGAGAUCUCAUUGGCCCCACGAUUUCCUCGAGUCUCGUCCCAUAAAUAGCAAGAAACAUCUUGAUUAUCCAGAUUAUAGAUGGUUAAAUUAUGAACAGCCAGUUUUCUAAGGUAAAAUAUUUGGCCAGCAGGACCUUUGGGAGUGCUUAAUACUGACUUCAGGUCAAAAUUAAAUGCUAAAACAUCCUCAUUUUCCUGUGCUGCAUGUUUGUCUCUAUCUCUACAUUUUUUAGCAUCCUCCUUUUUUUUCAAUUGCUGUUGGAUGCAAUAUUUAUUGCUCGGCUUUCUCUUCAAGUGUAUAUUCUUGGUAUGCAAGCCAUUUUUGACAAUUAUCUUUCUUCAGCCUUAAAAAUCCCAGAUUAUAUUUUUGAAAUAUACGCCUAUAUUUUACUAUGGAAGCUGGUUUCCUAUUUUCCGAGCAGCUCUUUUCCCUGUAUUUCCUGUAACUUAUGGAGAUAUAAGUUGGAAAUCCAAAUACCGUUUUAUGAUUUUUUUCUACAAUAAUGCGCUUCGACAGAUGGGAAUGAAUUUAUGUGAUUUUUUAUGAAAAGAACUUCUUCAUCACUUAAUUUGGUCACGUCAAUCUGGCUCGAAAAAUCCCGAUAAAGUUUGUUUAUCUAAUGAACACCUAAUAAAAGCAUCUGUUAUAUUCAAAGCUUUCAUAAAAAAUGGCAAGCUUACGCUCCCCGUUGAUGGAAUGGGAGGGGAUGGGUUGGGUUGGGUUGGGUUGGAUCUUAAAUUGCUCAAGCACCGCUCAUCAAAUUUUGCGUAUUUUUAAAAUUUUUUUAAAUGGCCUAAUUUUACCAAAAAAUAAAUAAAAGUGGCGGAAUGAUACGAUAUAAUUCGCGGCGAACAUGUGAAUUUUGAUAGAACUUAAAAAAAAAAAAAUUAAAAAUGAUGUACUUCUAAAAAUAAAUUUUCAAUUCAAAAAAAUUUGUGUUUAUUACACGUAAUUGACAUUUUAAGGGAUAUGUAAUGAAACUAGUGUAUCAUAAUUUUUUAUAUGUUAUAAUAAUGAAUGAUUAAAAAAAUACAGCGUGAAUUCUCCACUUUAAAGAAAGCACUCAUGAGUCAGCCAGACUGGAGACAAGGCUUCAGCUGCAGAGUGACAAAACGCAGUCGACAACAAAACUGGCAACACCACACCUAACCUCACCUUAGUUGUCACCUAUUUGUUGACAAAACUAAUGGUAUACAAGGUUAUUCUAAUGAUUAAUCGCGUCCUAUAGUGAGUGAUUUAGUGCGUGAUAACACCCUCUUCGUGAUAAAAUUUGGCUUUCCGCCACUCUUAGUGAGAAAUAUAUAUCGAUCUACCCAUUUUGCAAAAAACCCGACCAUUUUUCGUUAGUUUUGACAAAAACUGCAGAAUUACCUAAAAAAAUUUACCUUUAUCUGCCGUAAUAAUAUGUUUUACCAUUUGUAAUAUUCUUUUAAUUCUACUACUUAAGCAAGCACUUAACAACAAAUAAUACACUUAAAAUUAAAACUGUUGUUUACAGUUUUAAACAAAUAAAUCACGGUUAUAGUUCUAUUUGCCACAAAUAAAUACGUCAUUCACUACUUGUGUUGCUAUACAAACAAAACUUAACCUCAACAUGUUUAAUAUAAAUAGCCUUACAUCGCGAAUGUUGAAAAUCGAAAGGACCGGAAACGCCAAAAUCUCGAAUGUGUCACGUUCGCACAUUAGCGAAACUAUGAUGCUGUGUUGCCGGGUUAUUUAUUAUGCAAGCACAUUCGUGAUUUCAGCACAUUAAAAUAAUUUUCAUUUUGAAUUAUUUGGUAUGGAAAAGGAGAAAUCGAGAAAAUUUGACAUUCGUGGUUUUGGCAGACAGGUGACGAUACUAAGAUGACAUCAGAAUGGACCAAAAAUGGAUUUACAAAGUUUAAACUACAUAAUUACGACAACAGGUUAAUAAUAAUGCAGCUAUUGUUUUGUAAACGAGAACUCUAGAGAGUUCUUGCUGUAUUAUUAUUAACCUAUUGUUGUAAUUAUGUAGUUUACCAUUUUUGUAAAUCCAUGUUUGGUCCAAUUCUCAUGUUUAUACUAUUUUUAAUCGAUUUAAUCUUUUAAUCUUAUCUAAGGCACUAGAUCUAUAAGAUGUAUUGACAGAACCCCUUAAUUUGUUUUCCCUGAUGAUGGACAUGUUAUUUGUCCAAAACAUGUCGGAUUCAUAUUUUUUAAAUAAAUUUAGUGGAGGAUGGCCGAAAUACCUUUAGUUACCUUUACUUCUUCAACUAAUUUGCAUUGCUUUUAAGUGUAAUAAAUUUUCUGAAAAAUGCUUAUCUUAUGCAUCUUAUUUUAUUUUCCUCUAAAGUGUAUUAGUUCUGGGGAACCAUGUAUAUACAUUUUUUUAACAGAAUGCAGCUUACUAAUUUCUUAACUUGACACUGAUUCAUAAUAGUGCCAUAGAACUACUGAAAACUAAACGCCAAGUUUUGUUAUUUUUUACUGAAAUGUGGUGAUGCUUGGGUUGAAAUCCUGCGCAUCGCUGUAGUUUGAAAUGAAGAAUGUUAUUUUUCUUGCCUUUUUGAAUUUAAUUUAUAAAAAAAAAUGAAAUAAAAAUCAAAUGUGUGCAACGAUUUUGAUAGACUUGUAAUAUAUAUCGGGUUGCUCCUUUCGUCGAAGUGAAGAAAAUUUUUUGUUUUUUUUUUCAUUUGACUGACACGUCUUGUCGCGGAGUGUGAAAAUAUGAAAAACUGAAACUGUAAAAUAUUUUUUUUAAGUUUAAACAUAACAUACCAAUUAUCGCGUUAGGUUUAAACCUAGUAGGAUAAGUUGAUUAUUAUCGGGCUUUUCAGAUCUACUGAUCGGACCUAUAAGUAGAUAGAUAGCACUUGUAUUGUACUGUGUACAUUAUAUAAAAAAUAUAUAUGGUUUAAAAUAUCA